AUGGCGGGCUUCUUGGCCACAGGAACGAUGGUGGAGCUCUUGAAGCACGAGGGCACCUCACACAGCUCCAGAGAACGGUGGAAGAUCCGUGCAAAGGUGGGCGCCAACUGCUCAGCGCAGACUUUCAAGCAGGAAGGUGACACGCCGUCUGGGCCCGGUGCCUUCUUGGUCUUUUGUCUCCGGAACAUCUGGCGCACUUCCUCCUCGCGGAUCUGGAGUGCGGGCGCGGCCUCUGCAACAGAGAGAGCGGGUGACAAUGAUGAUAGAGGUGUGGACAGAGCAGUUGUGGGGAGAGAGGACUGCUCAGUUGAAGGCAUCCUCCCUUGCUACAGGGAAAUGUGCAACAGCCAGCAAAGAUGCCACAUUGAGCUUUUGAAGGACCAGUCCUGCCCUGCCACCUACAAAUAUCUGCAGAUGGUCUCUAGCUGUGAACAGAAAGUCUGUCUCGAUAGUCUGGGCAUCGCCGACGGCAGCGUUGCAGACUCUUCCUUCAAAGCCUCCUCCAUGAAAGACGCCACCCCAGAAAAAGCCCGCCUCAACAGGGAGUCCUGCUGGAAGCCGUCAAGAAAUUCUGUCGGCAGCUGGAUCCUGGUGAACCUCGGCUACAAGAGAAAGGUGACGGCGAUCGUGACCCAGGGGUGUAAUAGCAACAAUACUCGCUCCUGGGACAUCAAACUUGAUAUGAGACUGAGCGUUGACAGGAGGAAGUGGACCAAACACCCGGACGGUAAGUUCAUCGGCGGUGGGACUCAUCUGCUUGAGACGCCCGCAAUCACUCAGUACGUCUCUAUCCUGCCGCUAGAAAAUUGUCCAGAAUUUGGCCUCCGCUUCGACAUCUUGGGAUGCGCACAUGAGGGUUCUACUGUCCGCCCGGGUGUGACAAAGAGGAACACUUUGUCUUCGGAACGAUGGUCUACUCUGCGGUACGGGAUUGCCUGACCCCACCGGUGGACUUCUUGUCUGUGACUGCAACUAUGUGUAAAUGCAGGACUCGCACAUCUGCGCGGCUCUUUGGUCCGGAGGACACGACGUCCAGUGUUUCCAAAGACAAUUUGAAAAGUGGACUCAUCAGACCACAAAAGACUUUUCCAUUGUGCUUCAGUCCAUUUUACAUGAGCUCAAGCCCAGAGAACCCGGCGGCGUUUCUGGAUGUUGUUCAUAAACGGAUUUUGGUUUGCAUGGUAGAGUGUUAACCCGCACUUACUGAUGUAGUGACGAACUGUAUUGACUGACAGUGGUUUUCUGAAGUUUUCCUGAGCCCAUUUGGUGAUAUCCUUUACACACUCAUGUCGGUUUUGAAGGCAGUGCGGUCUGAGGGAUCGAAGGUCACGGUCAUUCAGUCUUGGUUUCCGGCCGUGUCGCUUACGUGCAGUGAUUACACCAGAUUCUCUGAACUUUUUGAAGAUAUUAUGGACCGGAGAUGUUGAAAUCCCUGAAUUCCUUGCAAUGUUGCUUUGAGAAAUGUUGUUCUUAAACUGUUCAACUAUUUUCUCACGCAGUUGUGGACAAGGUGGUGAACCUCGCCCCAUCCAUGCUUGUGAAUGACUGAGCAUGUUUGGGGAGGCUCCUUUUAUACCCAAUCAUGGUACCCACCUGUUCCCAAUUAGCCUGAUCACAUGUGGGAUGUUCCAAAUAGGUGUUUGAUGAGCUUUUCUCAGCUUUCUCAGUAUUUUUCUGUCACCUUUCCCAACUUCUACUGUACGUGUCGCAGCCAUGAAAUUCUAAGUUCAUUAUUAUUUGGCAAAAAACAAUUAAGUUUAUAAGUUUGAACAUUAAAUAUCUUGUAUUUGUAGUGUAUUCAAUUGAAUAUGGGUUGAGAAGGAUUUUCAAAUCGUUGUAGUUUGUUUUUAAAGUCUCGUCAAGUCCCAAUGACCGUCACACGUGGUGAAAUUUGUCCUUUGCAUUUAACCCAUCCCGAAGUGAUCUUGAUCCAUCCCCUGGGGGAAAAGGGAGCAGUGAGCAGCAGCGAUGCCGCGCUCUGGAAUCAUUUGGUGAUCUAACCCCCCAAUUCCAAUCCUUAAUGCAGCAGCGAUGCCGCGCUCGGGAAUCAUUUGGUGAUCUAACCCCCCAAUUCCAACCCUUAAUGCUGAGUGCCAAGCAGAGAGGUAAUGGGUCCCAUUUUUAUAGUCUUUGGUAUGAACCGGCCAGGGUUUGAACCCACAACCUUCCAGUCUCAGGGCGGACACUCUACCCCGAGGACACUGAGCUGAGUUUUAAUGUUGCCAUAGUUGGAACCCACAACCUUCCAGUUUCAGGGUGGACACUACCACUAGGCCACUGACCUGGUUAUCUAUAUUUUACACAAUUUCCCAACUUUAAUCAAAUAAGGUUUGUAAAAUGUAGAAAAAUCCAAUUCUUUGAGUAAAUCCAAGUUAAUCCAAGCUCGCGAUCUUGCGUCUAACACUAAGAGUCCAGGAGCUGAAAAAACUCAGAUUACUCGAACACCCACAUGCUCCUGGAAAAGUUUUCUGUGGGAAGCAGCCCUCAACUGUCCCGAGCUGGCACUCUUAUAGACAGUUGGCCUCCCGCCACUCGCCAGGCAUCCCCUCACUGGCACGUGAGGUGCCCUCACGGAAAUUUUGGGAAUGUUACUUGAGAAUUGCAACCGCAGCGAUUGUGAGAUUUGCUUUUUCAGCUCAUUCCCUCCCAUGUAAACUGGAAUCUGCUGCUGGUUUCAGUGGCCUUCGAGAAGGACUGCUAACAGCUGGACUUUUUCUGCACAUACUGCGAAAGACUCUUAGCGCCCCUGGCCGUUACUUCCUUUUUUCCCCCAAUUAUUCCACCGGGUUGUCACAAACAACACAUGUGACCUUUCCCCUACAUUCAAUGAAUGAAACACCUUUCAAAUUUGAAUACAUACAUUUUAAGAAUAUAACUUCAAUAAUCCAUAAAUGUAAAUCAUCGUUGGUUUCACACGACAUCUCUGAUCUGAACAGAUUGUACUUAACUCUUAACAAAUCAUCACUGUGGAAUAACCAUACUGAUUUAACAUUUAUAACAAAUCAUUACUGUUGAAAAACAAUACUGAUUUAACAUUCUUAACAAAUCAUCACUGUUGAAUAAACAUACUGAUUUAACAUUUUUAAUAAAUCAUCAUUGUUGAUUAACCAUACUGGUUUAACAUUUUUAAAAGUUAAAGUUAAAGUCCCAAUGAUCAUCCCACACAUAUCUGGGUGUAGUGAAAUUUGUCCUCUGCAUUUCACCCAUCCCCAUGUGAUUUUGAUCCAUCCCCUGGGGGAGAGGGGAGCAGUGAGCAGCAGCGGUGCCGCGCUCGGGAAUCAUUUGGUGAUCUAACUCCCCAAUUCCAACCCUUAAUGCUGAGUGGCAAGCAGGGAGGCAAUGGGUCCCAUUUUUAUAGUCUUUGGUAUGACCCGGUCGGGGUUUGAAACCACGACCUUCCAGUCUCAGGUCGGACACUACCACUAGGCCACUGAGCUGGUUAACAAAUAGUUGUUGAAUAAUCAUACUGAUUUUACAUUUCUAACAAAACUGUUGAAUAACCAUACUGAUUUAACAUUUUUAACAAAUCAUCAUUGUUGAAUAACCAUACUGAUUUGACAUUUUUAACAAAUCAUCACUUAUUAAAACAAGAAUAAUUUCUCAUUACACACAACCAUAACUAACCUGUGGUUGUGGGCAUUCCUACUUUGACAUUCGGCAGUAUAACAAGCUGUCACUGAAUAUAUUUGAGCUAAGCAACUAAAUAAUACAAAAGGUCUGAACUUGUGAAUCUCUAUCUAUGCCACUCAGAACAGGCAUCGUCAAGGUUUCUGGCACCACCCUGUGGUUGGACUUUGCAAUUGCAGCCAGGGCCAUUUUUCUGGGAACAAUCCAUCUAUCGCCCCUCUUGGUCACGCAACCCGACACUUCUGAUUAGAGUUCCUCAGUUGGCAUAAGGACGAUGUAUACAUUUUACCCUCCCUUUUAAAAAAAUCUAAAUUGGGUAGUUGUUUUCACCAUUUAUUUUUUGUGAGUAUGGUAUUUAUCCUUGACAAUUAGGAUAUUAACUAGCAAUGAAAUGUCUUUGGUAAGUUUAGAUUUGUUUGAAAGAAUGUCUUCGAUUGUGAAUUGUUCCAGGCCAUCAAUUUUGUUACUCAACCAACUGCGUACCUCCUUCCAAAACUGAUUUUAUAUACUGCAAAGAGAAAACAAGUGUUCCAUUUUUUCUGUUUUCUUUACAUAAUUCACACAAA